AUGGUGAGAUAUCCGAAACAGCACCGUCAAUUGCCAGUGUCCAGUUCGUAUAGAGCAGACUUUUCGAAACCAGUAGGCCUUCAUCCUAAACACAAUCUGCAUCUCUCUAAUAUCGAGUCGCCCGACCAGCACUGCAGGUUAUAUUCCAAAUAUACCAUUCCCAAGGCCCUGUUUGUGGAUAAGUACCAAUUGGCCGACCUGGAUCGGUCGACUGCCAUGUCUACAGCCAAGGGCAAACUGAUAGCUGUUUGGGGAGAGACCGAUCUCGAGGCUCCUGUAUGGUCUGUUGACGGUUGGGGAAGCGAGCUGCUGGUGGAAAUAUACCACAAUAGCGAUAUUCAAAGCAGUGAUUUCACUUUCGAACUGCCGCUUCAUUCUCGCUAUGAGUUUCCUCAGAUGAACAGUACAUCUGUCACUCAGAACCUGCCCUGGCCUAUUGUUUUCUGGGUAUGUCCUGAUUUCCAACAGGAACAGCGUCAUAUCGGCGAGAUCAAGGGUCUAGGUUAUGAAUCUCUUUUCCCUGAUAACACUCUUUACUACCAUCUGACACCAUCUCCUGAAGAUGGGGAUGUUCUCAGCACGAGUUUCAACAUCCCCGUGGCUCCUUUCAACCAGUACGACCGCAUUCAGUGGCUGUCUGUCACGGUUCUGCUCACCGCUACGAUAUACAUCCUGUACAAGAUCGUGUCGAAUAUCGGCCGAAAGACCAAAGCCGAUUAG